CAUGGCAGCAGGAGUAGCAGCAUGGCUGCCUUUUGCUCGGGCAGCUGCUAUAGGAUGGAUGCCGGUGGCCACAAACCCCAUGCCGAGUGCCCCUCGCCAAGAGAGGAAGCGUAGCCAGGACUCUCUGAUUGUACUGAAUGUCAGUGGCACCCAGUUCCAGACCUGGCUCGAUACCCUGGAACGCUAUCCUGACACGCUGCUGGGCAGCUCAGAAAGGGAUUUCUUCUACCAUCCUGAGACGCAGCAAUACUUUUUCGACCGGGACCCUGACAUCUUCCGACACAUCCUCAAUUUCUACCGAACAGGGAAGCUACACUACCCGCGUCAAGAGUGCAUCUCAGCCUAUGAUGAGGAGCUGGCCUUCUUUGGUAUAAUUCCUGAGAUCAUUGGUGACUGCUGCUAUGAGGAAUACAAGGACCGGCGGCGGGAAAAUGCCGAACGUCUUCAGGAUGAUGCUGAUCAGGAUAAUGCCGAUGAAUGCAAUCUGCCCUCCAUGACAGCCCGGGAGAGGAUGUGGCGGGCCUUUGAGAAUCCACACACCAGCACCCUGGCCCUGGUAUUUUACUAUGUUACGGGCUUCUUCAUUGCCGUCUCCGUCCUUGCCAAUGUAGUGGAGACAGUACCCUGUGGGCUAAGUCCUGGUAGCAUCAAGGAGCUGUCCUGUGGAGAGCGCUAUGAUGUGGCUUUCUUUUGCCUGGAUACGGCUUGUGUCAUGAUCUUCACAGUUGAGUAUCUGUUGCGUCUAGUGGCUGCCCCGAGCCGUUACAAGUUUGUGCGUAGUGUCAUGAGUAUCAUUGAUGUAGUGGCCAUUAUGCCCUAUUACAUUGGUCUUGUGAUGACCAACAAUGAGGAUGUCAGUGGGGCCUUUGUAACACUGCGUGUCUUCCGUGUCUUCCGGAUCUUUAAAUUUUCCCGCCACUCACAGGGUUUGCGCAUCCUGGGCUACACUCUGAAAAGCUGUGCAUCAGAGCUUGGCUUUCUCCUCUUUUCUCUCACUAUGGCCAUCAUAAUCUUUGCUACGGUCAUGUUCUAUGCUGAGAAAGGCUCAACGUCCACCAAAUUCACCAGCAUCCCUGCAGCUUUCUGGUAUACCAUUGUCACUAUGACCACCCUUGGGUAUGGUGACAUGGUGCCAAAGACAAUAGCCGGGAAGAUCUUUGGCUCAGUUUGUUCCCUGAGUGGGGUCUUAGUCAUCGCCCUUCCGGUUCCUGUCAUUGUCUCCAAUUUCAGCCGCAUCUACCAUCAGAACCAACGGGCAGAUAAGCGCAAGGCACAAAAGAAAGCCCGGCUCGCUAGGAUCCAUGCAGCGAAGAGUGGGACUGCAAACGCGUACAUGCAGAGCAAAAGGAAUGGCUUACUCAGUAACCAGGUAAUGAGCUUAUGCGGUGAUGAACAAGAGGCCUUUGUUAGCAAAUCUGGUUCUUCCUUUGAAAUCCAGCACCACCACCUGUUGCACUGUCUGGAAAAAACCACGAACCACGACUUCCUGGACGAACAAGCCUACGAAGAAAGCUGCAUGGAGGUGUCUACUGUGAACAGGCAGUCCAGCCAUAGUCCUUCCCUCUCUUCUCAACAUGGAGUGACGAGCUCUUGCUGCUCACGGAGACAUAAAAAGACAUUCCGCAUCCCAAACACUAACCUAACUGGCAGUCGCCCAAGUAGCGUCCAAGAACUCAGUACCAUUCAGAUCAGAUGCAUUGAAAGAACACCUCUGUCUAACAGCCGAUCCAGUUUAAAUGCCAAAAUGGAAGAGUGUGUUAAACUAAACUGUGAGCAGCCUUAUGUAACCACAGCAAUAAUCAGCAUUCCAACACCACCUGUGACUACACCGGAGGGAGACGGUAGACCGGAAUCUCCAAGAUACUCAGGAGGAAACAUUGUCAGAGUAUCUGCUUUAUAA